UCCUACUGAUGAAAUUAUUUCGAUAAUAAAUCAAGAUGGACAACAACAAAUUGCAAUUACAAAUACAGUAACAUCGACAACAACAACAGCAACCCAACAACAACAACAACAAACUUCAUUGACUGUCCUACAAACUAAAUUACGUAUGCUUACAUUGGAAAAAUCAUUUCUUGAACAGACUGUCGAACAGAUGAAACGUAAUCAUCAGGAUGAAUUGACAGCUAUGGUUUCACUAUAUGAACAACAGAUGCGUUUAACAUCGGAAAUGUAUAAAAGACAUGAAAAUAUGAUUCAAGAAGAACGUGAUCGUAGAAUUGUUGAAUUAAAAAAUCAAUUGGAACAAUCGGAAAAGGAAAUGAAUUCAAUUCGUGAUAAAUACAAUGAACGUUUAUUAACAAUUGAACAAGAAUAUCAAAAUGAAAAUAAACAUUUACAGGAACAAUAUACUGCCACUACUAAACAAAUGAUUGAAGAACAUGAAAAUGAAUUGAAACGAUUAGAACAAAGAUUACGUUCGGAAAAUGAAUCUUCAUUGCAAACAUCAUCCGAUCUUGUUCGACAACAGGCCAAAAGUGUUACCGAAUUGAUGGCUAAAUGGGAAGAAAGUGCAUUUAAAAUUGAAAAACUACAACGUUCAGUAAUAGCUAAACAAGAGGAAAUGGCAAGGGAACAAAUGUUAAACAAUAGUGAUGAUGUUCUAGCUAAUAAAGUAUCUGAAAUUGAAGAUAGAUGGAAAUCGUUUUUAAAUGAUAUGCAACAUCAACGAAUAGAAUUGGAAACAGUAAUUAGAGAUGAACAUGAAAAGUAUUUUAGCGAAGAACAAUUGCGUUUAAAAGAAAUUGAAGAAAAAACUAAUGAAGAACGAAAAGAAUUGGAAAUAAUGCGGCAGAAAUUUGCCGCUGAAGUUGAUGAAUGGCGACAAAAAGAAAGUAUCGAAGCACAACAAUUGCAUGAAGAACGAAAAAAAUUGAAAGAAGAAUUAACAUUGUUCGAAGAACGCCGAUCUCUUUUGGAACAACUUUAUAAUGAACGUAAAAAAAUGCUCGACGAUGAACAACAACGAAUUACAAAACAAAGUGAAGAAAUUCUUAGAAAACAGACCGAAUUAGAUCAAAAAGAAUCACAAUUAAUGAAAUCAUUAUUAGAUCUUGAUCAUCAACAACAACAAUUACAGACGAAAAAAUUACGAUUUGAUCAGGAAAGAGAACAAUUGUCCAUGUUGGGUAAAACAUUGGAACAACGUGCCGAAGAGCUGGAAAAAUUAAGUCAAAUGGCAUUGAAGGAAAAAAUGGACGGUAUCAAUGCAAUGGAUGAAAUCGAACGAUUACGAUCGGAAUUGAAAAAAGAGACUAUAGAAUUACAAAAAUCGAAAACCGAAUUACAAAUCGAUCAACAAAGAUUGAUGAUAGAUCGAAAUCAAUUUGAACAACAGUAUAAAAUGUUACGAGAAUUACGUGAUUCAAUCGUUUGUAAUCUUUGUGGUCAAGCAUUGAAUCGUGGAAAUGCAACAUCAUGGACAAUGAUGGCUAAAUCUGGACCACAUCAGCAGGAUAUUGGAUCUGGAUUAUUUUACAGUCUCAUCAAUGGCGGAUAUAUAAUGCGUCAAUAUCAACAGUCACAUGCGAAUGUGGACAAAAACAACAACAAUAAUAAUAGUCACAGUAUAAGUCCAUGGCAAAGUUUUCGUGUACCAACUGCCGCAACAGUAAACAAUCGAAACGUAGAUGAGGAUAAAACAUUGCUUCUAUGGCAAAUGGCUGCUCAAAAAGAUUCGGCUGCGUUAGCCGAAGAGACUCGUUUUCUUAAAAUUUUAAUGAAUAGCCAAAUUAAUGUUAAUAAAUCCAAACCAUCAUAGUGUGCAAGUUAAUUUUAUUAGAUGUCAAUUAAAAAAAAUUCCAUG